AUGUCCUGCUCCCCUAUAUACCUAGCAACGCCGGAUCAAUGUCCGUCGUGCGGGAUCAGCGGCCCUCGAGGGCGAGUCCUCGGCGUGAUCCUAGGGCUUCAAUGUUACUCGAUUAGGAAAGUGUGUUGUUCCCGCCACACAUAUAAAAAGGCCUUUUUUUUCCCUCACCUCCUCGACUUUGUCCUUUUUCUUCUUCUCUUCUUCUCUUCGGCCGCGCAGACACUUCCACCUCGACAUCGAGAAAGACGACAAGCAAGCAAGAAAAGACAAGAAGAUAUCCUCUACGGAGGAAGAAAAGCCUCUCUGCCGCCCCCAGACACCACCACCAAUCCCUGCUGCAACUCUUCCACCUCCACCACCGCAAAGCAGCAGGCCUCUCCUCCGCCUCCCUCCGUCGCUGCCGCUCCUUUUGAGGGUAUGUUUGUUCACUUGCCAGCAUCUUCUGCUCUGCUAUAG